ACAUCUAUAUGUGCUUAAUAACAGAGUAAGUUAAUAACAAGUUUAAAUGAAAAAGUAAUUUAGCUAUGCUGUGAAGUUGAUGAUAGAGGAAUGUUGUUAUUAUGUAAUCAAUCUAUUGACUGAAUUUUUUGUUGAGUAUAAAUACAUUUUUGUGGUGGUGGUGCACUGAGUUUAAUCCUGUAGUAAGGGCUUCUCUCCAAAUUGAAGUGCUUUUCUUCUUUGUCUUGAAGUGACAGAGCUUCACAGCACAGACACAGCAGAGCUCACAGUCUUCCUCUCCUUUCUUAGCUGCUUUUUGCCAUAUUACCCAGUACCAACUCUAUUGUCUAAGCAUCACGUUUGAUUCUCAUUCCUUUCUAGGUCUUCUAACUUUACAAUUUUUCACAUUCCAUAUUGUAUUUCUGAUUAAUGUACCCACAGAUUGAAAAUUUCUGUCAUCUUGCGCCUUAACAUGUAAUUGCGUUUUUAAGUUUGCGAAAACGCUGUCUUGUGGUGAUAGCAGUAUGAAAGGCAAGUGUCCGUGUCAUUGUUGCUUCCCCAUUUUUAAUCACAUCCAACCAAACCAUUUCUCUUUGCUUUCUCUAAGCACCAUGCCAUUGCCUAGACAGCAGUGAGAUAUCAGUGUCUGCUUUCACACUACCUUUGGUGCCUGCUGGCUGAGUUAUGAAAACCAACACUGCUGUUGUUUCUCUCUUGUUAUCUUUAACACUGUGGAAGAAUUCCCUAGAAAAUUAUUUUUUCUCUAGUAUCCCACUUUGAAUUCUCCAGUGCUGCUUUACAAAACCUUGACAAGAGUUUAGCUUCUAGUUUUAUCGAGAUCACAGUCUAUGGUACUGAAAAAUACUGUCUUGUUUUUCUGUACUCUGCCCUCUGGCUGUGGCCAAAUAUUGUCUUCUGUUUAUAAAUUCUUAAAAUUAAGGAUCAUCUUUCUGUUUGAUAUUUUUAUAGUACAUAGUCCUUUGGUAUUGUCAAAAUAAACAAUUACGAAAAGAGCUCAGCUGAAUGCUGAGAAAGUAGGUUGGGUGUGCAGAGAUGACAGCUGGGCACAAAUUUGUUAUAUCUGAUAUUGAAAUCCAUGAAAUACAGCCAAAACAGAACUCAACAUACGUAGAAAGUAAAUGUGUGAAGUAGAGAGAAACCCUAAUCUGGAGAUCCUCUCAUGGUCAACUUCCUUUUCCACCUUCCUAGAUUGUGCUUGUUAUGUGAAAAACAUUGGGAAGAUUUAAGGAGAAAAGCACAACAUAAGGUUCCAUUAUUAUGAUGGAAGCAACUGCUCAGUACUCACUGUCUAUUUUGUAUCUCUUCUCUUUAUUUAUUCUUCAUGGCAUGGACAACAGGAAAGGUGCCUGAGGACUGGAGGAAAGCCAGUGUGACUCCAGUGUCUUGAGAAAGGGCCAGAAGGACAACCCAGGAAACCACAGGUAUCACCUCAAUCCCUGGAAAGGUGAUGGAACAGCUCCUCCUGGAUGUCAUCUCUAAGCAUGUGAAGGAAAAUAAGGAAGCUGCACCUACGGAGUCUCUGCUGAACUGGCAGGACUAUGAAGGACGAACUCCUCUUCACUUUGCUGUUGCAGAUGGGAAUGUAGCAGUUGUGGAUGUCCUGACCUCCUACGAGGGCUGCAAUGUGACAUCUUACGACAACUUGUUUCGAACUCCCCUCCACUGGGCAGCCUUACUUGGUCAUGCACAGAUUGUCCAUCUCUUACUGGAAAGAAAUAAGUUUGGAACAAUCCCAUCUGAUAGUCAAGGUGCAACACCCCUACAUUAUGCAGCACAGAGCAACUUUGCUGAAACAGUUGAAGUAUUUUUGAAACAUCCUUCUGUAAAAGAUGACUCAGAUCUUGAGGGAAGAACCUCCUUCAUGUGGGCAGCUGGCAAAGGCAGUGAUGAUGUCAUUAGGACUAUGCUGACUUUAAAAUUGGAUAUUGAUAUCAACAUGACAGACAAAUAUGCCGGCACAGCAUUACACGCUGCCGCCCUUUCUGGCCACGUCAGCACAGUGAAACUGCUGCUGGAGCACAAAGCGCAGGUAGAUGCUCUGGAUGUGAUGAAACACACCCCGCUCUUCCGAGCCUGUGAGAUGGGCCACAAGGAAGUGAUUCAAACACUCAUUAAAGGAGGAGCAAGAGUAGAUUUGGUUGACCAGGAUGGGCAUUCACCCCUUCAUUGGGCAGCCCUGGGAGGAAAUGCUGAUGUGUGCCAAAUCCUGAUAGAAAAUAAAAUCAACCCCAAUGUGCAGGACUAUGCAGGCAGAACACCUCUGCAGUGUGCUGCUUAUGGAGGCUACAUUAACUGCAUGGUAGUGUUGCUGGAAAACAAUGCAGACCCAAAUAUUCAGGAUAAAGAGGGCAGAACUGCCCUGCACUGGCUCUGUAACAACGGCUACCUUGAUGCUAUAAAGUUACUGCUGGGCUUUGAUGCUUUCCCCAAUCACAUGGAGAACAGCGAGGAGAGAUAUACUCCACUUGAUUAUGCCUUGCUUGGUGAACACCACGAAGUGAUUCAGUUCAUGUUAGAACAUGGGGCUUUGUCUAUAGCUGCCAUUCAGGAUAUUGCUGCUUUCAAAAUUCAGGCUGUCUACAAAGGAUACAAAGUUAGAAAGGCUUUUCAAGAGAGGAAGAAUCUUUUAAUGAAACAUGAACAGCUGAGAAAAGAUGCUGCUGCCAAGAAACGUGAAGAGGAAAGUAAGAGGAAAGAAGCCAAGCUGCAGAAAGGGAUGCAGAACGUGGAACAAAGCAAGUUUCAGGUACAACAGAGUCCUGCAAAUCGGGAGAAGGCCACCAGUGUCCCAAGGUUACCCAGCAAAGCAGCUGACACGCAGAGCAAGAGGCUUCUGUCCCUCAAUGCUUCACAGAUCCAGCCAGGGAGAAACAGCAGAGGUUCACCUAAAGCUGGUCAUGAGAAAGGGACCCCAAAGGAGAGCUGUCUGUCAGCAGAGCCUCAGAGCGAAGGCCAUAAGAUCAGGCAAGAUUCAUUGAGGAAACACACCAAAAGCAAGUCAAGUUGUGUCCAUUUCCACUGUGGCAAAGCAAACGAGGGAACGAAAGCUGAAGUGAAACCUCAGGUUGCAGCUGCUGCGGAGCCGGACGGAGAAAAGCACAAGGAACAUGCUGCUGACACAACGGAUGCCUGUGCUCGGAGGAGCAGGAGGCUUUCUGCUUCUGCCUGCAGGACUGCCAGUGCUGGGGAGAGGCUGAAGGAUCCAAGUCAGCCUCCCUCUGGCAAGAGGGACCACGGUGAAGGAAGGGCUGUGUUCUUCUGCGGUGUCGCUUGUACCGGUGCAAUGGCACAAAACUCAAAGCUGGGUGAAGCUUCUUCCAAAGGCAAAAGGCACCCACAGAAAGCCAGAAAUAAAGAGGUAAAUGAUAAGAGAUGUUCACCAGCUGGUUCUAGUAGACCAGGAAGUGCCAAAACAGUGUUUGUAAGCACCAGAAAUGACAGCCUGCAUGCUGUAGAACAAACUGUCAAAGUGGGAAACAAUGAAAUAGCAAAAAAGACCUCUUCAUUAUUGUAUGCUGAGGCAGAACCUACCAGGACUGUGCCAAGAAACCCAAUAGCAUGUUCUGCUUCUGAUGACGGUUUGAACUUGGAAAAAACAGGCAUAAUUGGAUCCAGGAAUGCAGAUGAUCAGUUAUGUUCUGUUCCAUGGCAAAGCACAAAUAUUGAACUAAUCCCUUUAGAGAUUCGAAUGCAGAUCAUAGAAAAAGAAAGGAAAAGGAAAGAGCUUUUUCGAAAGAAGAACUACGCUGCCACGGUCAUACAGAGGACGUGGAGAAGUUACCAGCUAAGACAGGAGUUGUUUCAGCUCCUUAGUGCGAAGCGGCACUGCAAGGAAGAUGAAGACAAAUGGAGACAAGAGGCAGCUGCCUUCUUCAUUCAGGUUGCUUGGAAGAAGCAGCUGAACCAUAGCCCUCUGAAAUCAGUUCCUUCAUGUAAAAAUCUGAAAUCUGUAAACAAAACCAGCUCAGCCAUAAAAACCAGCAAGCAGUCCAUCCUAAAGCAGAUAUAUGGGCGUUCUCAGGAAGGCAAAAUGUGUCAGUCAACAAGACCUCCUUCUAAGCUGAAACUUUCUGAUGUGCAGCUGGUCUCAGGAAGGUUUAGUGCCCAGCUGGGAAUUUGGUGUUCCUGGCUGUGCCACACCUCAGUCAGACAGGCCACAGCUAGGUGGGAACACUGCAACUGCUUCAAGGAGUCAGAAGUUCAGGUAAUUUGCAAAGGAAAGUAAAAUACAUUUUCCAAGUAGUUUAACACAACUCCGAAGUCAGAAGGAAAUCUGACAGUGGAUCUAUCCUGGAGUUUGUUAAAACUGUAGGUGAAUUUCUGCCUCACUGAGAAGAGACAGAGGCCUUUUUCUUUCACUGUCUGGGAACUGUUUUAAUUAAGAGGCAUGACCAGACAGGUGUUUGAUUGCCACCUCUUUGUGCAGAUACGAAUCUAAAUUUUAAAAGAGCUUUUAGCUCUUUUCGUUUAACUUUUCAGGACAACAGAUCUCCCUGUCUUCUGAAAUCAAAAGGCUUUCUCUUGAGGCUGGAGUGGCCUUUGCUUUCAUAACUUGGUGACGAAUAGGUUAGUGAUAGGAACUCUGCCCAGUUCCUUUAGAACACUACCUACUUUUAUUCACCUAAUAGGAGCUCAGGGAACUUUAGCCCUUACUUAAAAGACAAUAACAUGUUUUUCAUCUGCCUGCCUUUGUGCAUGACAACAUUACGUUUGUUGGAAAAGUUCAGAGCUGUCAGUGGCUAAUGCCAGAUACUCCGUUUCUGACGUAGGUGCCUGGAGUAGGUCAGAAUGGACUGUUCAGUUUCAUUCUUCCCUUGCAGAAGGUACAUCUGGGAAGGUGAAGGCUGACUGUCAGCCCGAGUUUUAAUGCUCACGGAGCUCGUGGAAGAAGCGUGCGGUGACAAAUGCGUAAUGGGGAUUGACACCCAACUCAGUCAAACGCUUUGGAAGGGGGGAUACACAGAGGGUGUGCAAAGAAAAUGUUCAGUAAGGAAGGUGACAGGUAGAAAAGGGGUGGGUUAUACAGGCAUGGGGUAAGUGCUUUGGAAUGUUCUGGCAAAUAGGCCCCUUAAGAUUGUUACCAUUAAAACAUUUCAGAACUUGAAAUUUGUGAUUUUCCUAGUUUGUUUGGCUUUUUGAAAUUAAAUAGAUUCCUGUUGUCAAUUCAGGAAGUGGCACUUAAAGAGGUGCUCUGCAGCAGAACCAGACAGCCUGGUUCUUUACUUCACUGUGGACAUUAAAGUGUGUUCAGAGUUGCAAAGGAGCAGGGUUUGCAACUCUUGGCAUUAAAAGGAUAUCCUUAAGAUGUGCUGAGUUCACACCCUCAAUGAAACAUUUGGAUUUGCACUUGGGAUGACCCUUUAUCCCAUUCUAGCUUGGGAUAAAGCAUUGGAAUGUUUGGAGCUAAUCUUUACAAACCUGGGCAAGGAAAACACGUCUAUUAUUUGUAGCACAUUAAAAAAACAUUGCAUGAGCAAUUCAGAGCACUGGCUUUAGCCUCUGGACUAGUUUCGCUGACUUUCUAGAAAGAGCCCCCUGCCCAUCUCAUGUUGUUAAAGAUUGCUCAACACAA